CACUUCGCAUCCGUUCAGCAGGAAAUAGGACCCCGAAAUUUUUGUCAUGUUUUAGGGUCUCAGUGGGGUCAGAAAAAAAUGUAAAGUCAAUUCGAAAAGUUGUUUUCCUGCCUACAAAGCCCUGAUGGAUAGCGGCGAGGAGCAGCUGCAGCUCGAGCUGCACAGGAUUUCCGAGGCGAGUCACCGGGUCAGCAACUUGGAUGACCUCAUGCAGAUGACCAGCAACUCGGAGCGUCUGAUUGCGAGCGUCAACUCCAGCCUGGACGCCCUGAACUCCGCCCUGGACCACCUGGAGGAGCGGACGGAGAACGUUCUCGUGGAGAUUCGACGGCUUAUCAGCUCGGAAAUGCAGCCGCAGAGUCCACACGAUGGGUGCGGAGAUCCGGAUGCCGGGGUGUAGGCGGGAAACACACAGUUAACAUUUAAAUUACAUAUGUGGAAUAAAAACGUAAAAUGUUUUAAAAAA